AUGAUCUGCCGACCUCGAAUUACGACAGCCAACCUCCUUAGCCAGCCCGGCAUUCGAGCAGUCCUAAUCCUGUCAACGCUCGUGUUGCUCUACGCGACGUACGGAUACCUGCGCUUCUACCGCGACCCGUUGUCCGUCUUCUUCUCGGAGGAACAUGGCUUCGACCGAACCUACUCCAAGACGCGCCAGGCCGAAGCCGACCUGUUCCUCGAUGCAGCCAAGGCCGAUCCAGCUUCGAGCCGCGCCCGCCUUGGCAAGGCGAGGAGCCAACCCGAGAUGUGCGCCGUUUUCAUCACGGUAGGGAGGGACGUCGAGGGACGACAAUACAUCGACAGCGCUGUGGGGUCCUUCCUUGCGAACAUGUCUAGAGCAGAGAGGGAGGCUAUACAUCUGAAGCUGUUCUUUGCCGACGUUCCGAAUCCUGAAACCCAGCACAAGAGCUACGCGAGUCUCGUGGACGCUGAUGUUGCCGAUGAUAUCUUGACCUACCCCGCGACGCUUCCCGGGAAUGUCAAAGAAAGCAAGAUGAAGACCCUGAUGGCAUGGGCUAGCGAUCGACAAAACAAGCACGCGCUGGAACGGAAGACGGUGUACGAUUACGCGUAUGCUCUCAGCCAGUGCGUAUCAACGACCAAUGCGCCGUACAUCGCUAUUUUCGAAGGGGAUAUCCUUCUUGCCGACGGAUGGGCGGCGAGAACGCUCAAGAAUCUACAUACUAUCGAUACCAUGAUGAAAGACCCAUCCCGACAUGAACCCCAACGCGGUCAAGUCGAGCCGGGAGGACCGAACAGCUGGUUUUACCUGCGAAUGUUCAACCAGGAGCGAAGUACUGGGUGGUCGGGCGGGUACGGGUUCCGGAGCAACAACGUCCACAUUAUCUCGCUCGCGGUCGGGGUCCCCUUGUUCCUCAUAUUGCUUCUGGCCCGGCGGUUUGUGCUACCACGUCACGUUGCCCGUCACCUGGAUGGCUGGGUUCUAUUCCUGGUCUGCGCGAUUGCGGUACCGCUAUUCAUAUGGCUCUUCUAUGCCUCAGGCAAGGCCUCUCUUCUAGGUGCGCCCCGGGGUGUCCGCGAAGAGUUCUUCGGCUGCUGCAACCAGGCAUUGGUCUACAACAGGGCGCACGCGCAGGAUUUAUCCGACUUCCUCAUGGCCGCGACGACUCACGACAGACCGGGGAGGAGUGACAUGCUGCCCAAGGACUUUGCGUGGAAUCACGGCCUGGCACGAAUCAGUGCCUACCCGAUGCUGGCUCAGCACGCUGGUAGAGUCAGUGCUAUUGACACGAGCAACGAUGAAGCGAAACGCGUGUGGAGUAUGGCGUUCGAGAGUUUCAACCCGUCACAGCUGGCCCGUGACCAUAUACGGGAUGUCAGAGAGCUAUACGGCGACGCUGCGGCUUUGGAUAUGGAAACCCGCGACCAGAGCAUGUACAUGUAA